AAACACUGGCUUGUUCUCGACCGAGCUCUGUUUUAUCGGACCGCAGCUCAGCUGAUCGUGACGCACAGCAUUGGCGGCACAGGGCGAAGGACAGACGCAUAUAGAAGCUGGGUGUCGGUUUCACGCUGAAGCAGUAAUGAAGCCCAGUGUGCCGACGGCAAAUGGCUGAUUCUGACGGAAUUCCGUACCCACGCGUACGUUAAAAGAGCGUCAGUUCCUGUGAUCCGCGUCUUGGGAGACGGGACGGACUAGAGCUGCAGCGAAAUAUCUCAGCCCUGUUUACAGAAGCACGGCUCCUCCUGGCUGGAUAUACUUCUAAAAAAGGUGGACUAAGCUGAAGGCGGCAAUGGUGGAUUACUAUGAUGUGCUGGGAGUGUCACGAAAUGCUUCUCCAGAUGACAUCAAGAAAGCUUACAGGAAACAGGCUCUACGGUGGCACCCUGACAAAAACCCAGACAACAAGGAAGAGGCGGAGACCAAAUUUAAGGAGAUAGCAGAGGCCUAUGAAGUUCUUUCAGACGGAAGCAAACGAGAUGCUUACGACAGAUACGGUAGAUCAGACAUGCCAAGCUCAGGCUCUGGUGGUUCUUCAUUUCCUGAUGACUUCCCAGGAUUCACCUUCACAUUCCGCAGCCCAGAUGAGGUGUUUCGAGAGUUCUUCGGAGGGCAGGACCCAUUCGCAGACUUCUUUGAUGAUUUCCCAUUUGGUGGAAUGCACAGUGGGUUUCACAGCUCCUCCUCCAGGCUUGGGCCCAGUCGCUUCUUCUCCUUCCCCUCAGCAAAUGCUGAUUUCACCUCCUUCUCUUCUUCAGUGGGUGGGAUGGGCAGCAUGGGAGGAGCAAACUUCAAGUCUGUUUCUACUUCCACCCGCAUUGUCAGUGGAAAACGUAUUACCACAAAAAAGGUCAGAGAAAAUGGCCAGGAGAGAACAGAGGUUGAGGAGGAUGGGGUUUUGAAAACUGUCCUCAUCAAUGGUGUGGAGGAUGAGAUGGCCUUAGCUCUGGAACUGAGUCGUAGAGAGCAGUCCAGUCAGCCUCCCAGACAAUCCCAACAUCCACUGCUCCGCCCCUCCAACAACAGCUCUCCAAACCCCGCUUUACGCUCCUACAGCGCCGCCCCGUUCUGCCACUGCCCCGAUGCCAAGGAAGAUGAGGAGGACGAAGACCUGCAGAUGGCGCUGGCCUACAGCUUGUCGGAGAUGGAGGCCCAGCAGCGGGCAGAGGACGUGAUCUCAGGUGCUGGGGGAGGGAGGGGGAAGCAACCAGGUGGUGAGAAGGGUGCCGUUCAAAAAAACAAAUAUCAGAGAGAAGUGCUGGAUAAUUCAGAUCAAAGCACCCCCUCGUCUCCAGAGGAUAGACUGACAGAACAGAGUCAGGCUAGUGGUUCAGAAAGUGUUGUUGUACAGAAUAAGGAGAAUGACAAAGUGGCGGCCAGUGGGACUAAUGUGGAAAGAAAGAGGAGGAAGUGUCAGUGCGUGGUGUGUUAGUAAGAAUGUGGAGAAAAAUCAUGCUUGUGUGUGAAAUUAACCUUAUGUUUUCAUCCUAUGGUUGUUGUUUUUUUAUCCUUCCUGAAGUUUUUGACUUACAACUCUGUCUCUUAUGGCAUUGCACAAAAAAAACACAAAGUCAGGAAAUUUUACAACAGGACAUUUUGAAGGAACUGUUUGCAAUAUUUUAGAAUGCCAUGCGCAAAAUGUCCUGCUGUCUGACAGAUAUCACUGAAAUAGGUGUCUUGGGAUAUAAUUUGCCAGCCUUCACUCUGUAAACAGUAAAAAUAGUAAAGUCACUUUUGUAGCCAAUCAGAAACACUGUCUGCCUGUGAAUCGCUUGGGAUUGCUGAAAUCAGGUUGACUGACAUGUUUUUACAGGGUGCGAUUUUGGGAUUUUGGAGAGCAGGUAUAUGGUUAGCAAAAGUUAGCAAAAAGGUGAAAGUUUACAUAAUGGCUGAAAUCUGUUACAGCACCUUUAAAUCCGAUAUUCAACAUGACUUUUUUGCUGCCAAACCAAGAUUAAUUCUCUGCGCUUACAUUUUCACUUAGAUCAAAUAAAUUGCUACUGAGUAAGUUGCUGCACUCUAACCAGUGGUUCCCACAGUCUUGGAAAACCUAGAUAUAUGAGGUAGCCUAAUUUUACAAGUGUGAUUUCUAGACUUGGAAAAGUAAUGUAAAUUAACUGUAAAAGUCAUGGGACCUUUGAAUAUAGUUGUGUAAGAUUGAGUUUUAAUGGCUUUUCUUAGUGUUACAAUGCAUCUGAAUGGAUAUCUUGCUGAUUAGUUGGCGUCCCAUUCCCAAUGAACCUUUCAUUUAUUCUUCCAGCAGUGAAGUGCUCUGUUUCAUCCAUAUUCACAUUUACUGCUAUUGUUCCUUCAAGAAAGGAGAUUCUCUGAUUUAUGACUGGAUGCGUUCUGAUUUUUACUGUGCAUUUGUCAUUGCUUCAGAGGUACCUGUUGAA